AUGGCGCCUACAAUUCACUCCGCCAAACUCACCCUCUCUUGCCCGCUGUUCGCAGCAGACUUCGACCCGCGCAACAACGGGCGUCUGCUCGUUGGCGGCGGAGGCGGCGAAAGCCGCAGCGGAGUCGGGAACAAGAUCUCUUUGAUUGAUACGUCACGUCGAGAUGAGAUUACCGAGGCCGUGGAGAUCAACUUGUCGCGCGACGAGGAUUCGGUGACGACUCUCGCAGCGGCGCCGCAGGUCGGCGAUGAUGAGAGCUCGCUGGUCGUACUGGCUGGUAUCAACAGUUCUCUUGCGGAACAAAAGAAAAACAACAAUCAGCAUAUGCGGUCUUUUCGGUUCGAAGCGCCCCAGAAGAAGAAAUCUUUGAAAUCAGCUAGCUCGCAGGACGACGCGCAGGCUUCGAAGAAGGACACAGAAGCGAAGAAGGAUAAGGCUGUUGAAGAAGGCAGUCCUGGAAAAGCAGAGGCUUUGUCGCGGGCUUCGAUCUUCCGCACAAAGGGUCCCGAGUCAGGCGAUACUUAUCAGCGAGUCUUGAGGUUGUGCCCUUGGAAGAAACUGGCUGAUGCCUCGGAGAAGAAUGGUCGAGACACCAGAGUCGGCGCUAUUGCGACCGGCAUGGCGCAGUCCGGAGAGAUUGUUUUUUUCUCAGCCACAGCAGGUCCUACAGAAUCGGAUGUCAUUGGCCGUAUUCGUCUCGACGGCCAGGAAGAGGCCGAGGAUGUGGACUUUGCUAGCCUGGAGCAUGACCCAGAGCAGACGGGAGAUGCCCGUGGAAAAUACCGUGUGGCAUAUACCAACGGUGCCGAUGUGAUGGUUGGCGAGAUCUCUUCUUCCACCCGCUCCAACGCCGCCCCCGAUGUCAGCUGUGUCUAUACCAUCCCUCUCCCCAGUAGCGGCGCCCGUGCGGCUCGUCCCAAGCUCCGCGCCCUGCGCUUCCUCUCCUCGACAUCACUACUCCUCCUCCAAAAUGCACCAAACCGCGGUGGUAGCGAGCUGGUCAUUCUUCGCUUGCCCACGACUAAAACUGGCACCGCCACUAUUAUACGCCGUCGUAGGCUGCCCCGAAGUGUCCAGAUUGGUCUGGGCCUCGACAUUUGCUCCCUUGGCACCAACCCAGCUGGCCAACAGCAGACCAUUAUCGCCGUCAGCGGUAGCGACAACUCCAUCGCCCUGUGGACGCUAGAAUUCGGCCCCAACAAAGGCUACGGCGCGAUCCGGCCUUACAAAACCCUCCGUGACGUGCACCCUUUCUCCAUGACGAAACUCGUCUUUUCGCCCUUCACUGCACCCGCACAUCCAGUAACCCCCGACGUGCUCCCCCAGAAAGUUAAGCUCGCCUCCAUCAGCAUGGGCAACACCGUUGUCGUCCACACCCUCCCACUCUCUCCCUUCCCUGCGACCUCCCGCACCCCACGCUAUGUCCUGUCUUUGCCUGGCCCCGCCGAGUUCUGGGAGGGCCUUUAUUUUGUCCUCGUCCUGCUUUUCUCUCUUGUCCUCAUCACGGGCUCUAUGCUUGCGUUUACCGAGAUCCGCGGCGGUACACCACCCGUCCUUGGUGCAGCACAAUGGCUUCCUCCAUCAUGGCGCAGUGCUCUUGUAAACGAGUAUACCCCGCCUGCACCAGGAAAGGGCUCAUAUAUCGACUACCUCCUUGCACCCAAGGGACAGAACGCGCCGCCCGUAGCCAGCGUUAUCACGCAAAGCCAAAUCGAGAGCUUGAAGGAUAUCCUCGACCGGGUCCACAGUGCCGGCGCCGCACCGCUUGACCUCGAGACUAUAAGCCCACACGAGCUAUCAGUCAUCCUGCGCUGUCACGACGGCCAAACUGCCGAGCAAAGCGUUCUCAUCGAGACAUUAGCCUCGCACCGCGCAGCUGGCGAUGAGAACACCGAGGCGGAGAAGUUCCGCACCUGGGCCGAUCUCAGUGGUGAAGACCAGGUUGCGUGGAAACGGAGACUGACUGAUGCAGGUCGUUGGGCUUCUAGUGAAGGCGAGACUGUUUUGAAGGGGGUAUUGUUUGGUGAGGCCUGUGGGCAGUUGCAUCAUGCUGUUGAGCAGGCAUUGCCUUGA